UGAGUCACCCGCUCUGUAGUUAGUUAGUAAGUUUCAUGAGCUUUAGUGAGUCAGUUAUUUAGCUAUUUAGUAGAAAUGGAGGUAUCCGAGGCUCUGAGUGAAGCCGAGCGGCCGCGACACCGACCCUGUCUGAUAGGCGUUAGUGGAGGAACCGCCAGCGGAAAGUCCACAGUUUGUGCUAAGAUCAUGGAGUUGCUGGGCCAGAACAAGGUGGAUCAUCACCAGAGGAAAGUGACUAUCGUAAGCCAGGACAGUUUCUACCGAGUGCUCACUCCAGAACAGAAGGCAAAAGCUCUCAAAGGCCAGUACAACUUUGAUCAUCCAGAUGCGUUCGAUACAGAGUUGAUGUGCCAGACACUGAAGGACAUUGUAGACGGCAAAGUUGUGGAGAUUCCAACAUACGACUUCGUCACACAUUCCAGGUUACAGGAGACGAUCUGCGUGUAUCCAGCUGAUGUCGUUCUGUUUGAAGGAAUUCUGGUCUUCUACACACAGGAAGUAAGAGAAAUGUUCCAUAUGAAACUGUUUGUGGAUACAGACUCAGAUGUACGUCUCUCACGUAGAGUUCUUAGAGACAUGAGGAGAGGUCGUGACUUGGAACAGAUCCUUACACAAUACACCACUUUCGUUAAACCAGCCUUUGAGGAAUUCUGCUUACCAACCAAAAAAUAUGCAGAUGUGAUAAUACCUCGUGGAGUAGACAACAUGGUGGCGAUUAAUUUGAUUGUGCAGCACAUCCAAGACAUCCUAAAUGGCGAUAUCUGCAAGUGGCAGAGAGGGACAACUAACGGUAACCCCCUCGAGCAGACCUUAAAGAGGCACGUGGACGAAGCGAGGGAGAACCAGGAAGGAUUCGGCUCCAAUCCCAUAAAACGCCCCCUGCUGGAACCUAGCACGCGGCCACAUUAACACCUAAACAACCCCACCCCCACCCCUUCCAAAGGGAGGUGUUUAAAUGUGGGAAUAUGUUUAAAACUUGAACACUAGAAAAACAUUUGCAUGCUUCCAACCACGUGUAAAGACAUGCUGACACACGCACACACACACACACACACACUUUAGCAAGUGUUAGUGUUCUGGUUAAGUAUUUUACUCCGUAUUGUUCAUGAAGAAAUAUGGGAGGUGAUUUUAUUUAAUACAACCAUUCUGUGAGAAGCUGUAUUAAUAUCAGUGUGUGUGUGUAUAUAUACGUAUAUAUGUAUAUAUACACACACAUACAAACAAAUGGGGGGCUUUUUAGUUUGAAUUUCUAUAUUGGAAUUUUAACGACACCUGUACAAAUCAAAUACACAGACAGAUUCCGAACUGUCAGCUAACUCUACUUAAUAUAAAUCUAUAUAUUUUAAUUAUCAAAAAUCAAUAGGAAGAAAAUAUGAGUUAAUGUUACGCCGACUUUUUCCAUUUUUCUUUGAGGUUUUUCCGGUCACAUGACGAAACGCUUCGGUACAACACUUUAUGCUUUAUGCACGUUAUACGGCCACGUUUCUUAUUUCUUGUUACAACGCACAACUGCAAGCAUCUGUAUAGUGUGCACACCGUGUAAUCCGUACUUGGUAACGUCUUUUUACCAGAGUGAAGAUAUUAAAAGGGGAAACAACCCCCCCAUCCCCGCAUGCCAGUUUGCACCCAGUAUAUAUGUGUAUGUGUAAAACUCAGAAUAUGUAGCUCAGAACAUUUCACAACAAAUGUCUUUUCGUUAUCUUUUAAAGACUGUUAUUUCAGAUAUAUUAUUAGACGUCCAGAUACGAAAUAUAUAUAUAGUUGUGGAACAUUCAAAACAGGGCUGUUAAAAAUUUUUUCAAGUAAGCGCAAAAUGAAAGACCUUUAGACCUAAUCAAAAAUACCUGAGGGCCGGUCAUGCUUGUUUAUAUCACAUCUAAUUACAUAUUACAUCGUGUGAACUCAUUUUAGGACACAUCGAUUCCAGGGACCAAAAGUAAUUAGACAAACGAUUGUUAAUGCUCAAAUUUUCGCAAAAUGGUUUUCAUGCUUAAUGUUUUCCAGCUCCUUUGAAAUCACCUAUUCACAAUGUCAUCAUCACGUGUUUUGUCUGGAACCAUGACUAAAUAUCAUUCAUCCAUCAAUCAUCCAUUUACAGUUUUAGUCAGAGGGAAAAGAAAGUCUUGCUUCUGCCAAGGAAAACUGCAACGUGUUGGCCAGCGAGACACAUCAUGCAUUCUGAUAAGAGCAACAGCCCAGUUAUCUGUCCGCACUUUGGACACCCCUGGUUUAAAAUAACCUCCUACUUUAGGUUUUGUCAGAGAGAUUGCAUCAGUGUGCAUUCGCAUCAGUUUAAUCGACAUGUCUUGCACUUUGUACUUCGAAGUACGUAAUGUUUAUAGACGAAACGUGUAGAGCAAGUUUAUCUUAACGAAGCACCUGGGAAUCAUGUAAGAGAUCCUGGAGUAACGGCCUACAUUUAAUCCUUGUUCUAUUGAAAUUAUUAAUUAAUGUUAAACCAAUUUUAUUGGUUGCUUUAAAGCAACCAUUAUAACGACUUGAUUUUUGUAAUUACACUUCAUUCAUUUCGAUUUCAUUACAGUGAAUUAUCAGUUGUGUUCUUGUCUGUUUUCAUAAAAUGUGAACGGUUGAAAAAUAUUUAACUCAAUCCUUUUAAAUCCUUUUAAUUUUUUUUAAAUGAAAUGUCUGAAUUUUAAGUAUUUUGAAUAAAAUAUUGAAUUUAAAAAGUAUUCAAUUUUUUUAAAAAGAAAUCUCAAGAAUGCGAUAACAGGAAUAGGCGUUACAUGAACUGCAUCACACCACCCUGUUAUUCUCCCACGACACACUCAUAUCUCAUGUUUUAAGUGUGAUGUAAUUGAA